CGGCGCGGCCCGGCGCGAUGCUGCGCUGCAUGCCGCCGCUCUGGCGCUGCAACCGGCACGUGGAGGCGCUGGACCGGCGGCACUGCUCGCUGCAGGCCGUGCCCGAGGAGAUCUACCGCUACAGCCGCUCGCUCGAGGAGCUGCUGCUGGACGCCAACCAGCUCCGCGAGCUGCCCAAGCCUUUCUUCAGGCUCCUGAACCUGCGCAAGCUGGGCCUGAGCGACAAUGAGAUCCAGAGGCUGCCCCCCGAGGUGGCCAACUUCAUGCAGCUGGUGGAGCUGGACAUCUCCCGCAACGACAUUCCAGAAAUUCCUGAAAGCAUCAAAUUCUGCAAAUCCCUGGAAAUCGCAGACUUCAGUGGGAAUCCUCUCUCCAGGCUGCCCGAGGGCUUCACCCAGCUCCGGAGCUUGGGCCACUUGGCCCUGAACGAUGUGUCCCUGCAGAGCCUCCCCACUGACAUUGGGAAUUUGGCAAACCUGGUGACUUUGGAGCUGCGUGAGAACCUGCUAAAGACUCUCCCCACCUCCCUCUCCUUCCUUGUCAAGUUAGAGCAGUUGGAUCUCGGUGGCAAUGACCUGGAAGUGCUGCCGGACACUCUGGGCGCGCUCCCGAACCUGCGUGAGCUGUGGCUGGACCGGAACCAGCUCUCAGCCCUGCCACCGGAGCUGGGUAACCUGCGCCGCCUGGUGUGCCUGGACGUGUCUGAGAACAAGCUGGAGCAGCUGCCCAACGAGGUCAGCGGGCUGGUGGCACUGACGGACCUGCUGCUGUCACAGAACCUGCUGGAAUGCAUUCCCGACGGCAUCGGUCAGCUGAAGCAGCUCUCCAUCCUCAAGGUGGACCAGAACAGGCUGACAGACAUGACAGAGUCGAUUGGGGACUGUGAAAACCUGUCUGAGCUCAUCCUGACUGAGAACAUGCUGACGGCCUUGCCCAGGUCCCUGGGCAAGCUGGCCAAGCUGACCAACCUGAACGUGGACCGGAACCGGCUGACGGCGCUGCCCGCGGAGAUCGGCGGCUGUGCCAACCUCAGCGUGCUGUCCCUGCGCGACAACCGCCUGGCACUGCUGCCCCCCGAGCUGGCCAACACCACCGAGCUCCACGUGCUCGACGUGGCUGGCAACAGGCUGCAGAACUUGCCCUUUGCCUUGACAAACCUUAAUCUGAAAGCCCUGUGGCUGGCAGAAAACCAGUCCCAGCCCAUGCUCAAGUUCCAGACCGAGGAUGAUGAGAAGACAGGAGAAAAGGUUCUCACUUGCUACCUGCUCCCCCAGCAGCCCUCUCCCAGCCUGGAGAACCUGCUGCAGAACAGCGUGGAUGAGAGCUGGACAGACAGCAACUUGAACAGAGUCAGUGUGAUCCAGUUCCUGGAUGAGCCCAAAGGAGAUGAGGAUGAGGAGUCUGGAGCUGAGAGGCGGGGCCUGCAGCGCAGAGCCACCCCUCACCCCAGCGAGCUGAAGGUGAUGAAGAAGGUGAUCGAGGUGCGGCGCAGCGAGGUGAACGCUGCCAAGGCUGAUGCCAACCCCAGCUCUCCCAACUCAGAGGAGAAGAGGCUGAGUGCCACGUCCAACCGCAGCGAGGACUCUCACCUGUCCACCAGCACGGCCUCUGUGGAGGGCAGGGCAGAGGACAGGGAGCGGGGCUGGCCCAACGGGCAGCUGCCCGACCUGCACAGGGAGCUGCACAAGGAGGGCAAGCCCCGGGCCCAGGAGGAGCACAAGGAGGCUGCUGACCACGAGGAGGAGGAUGUGGAAGUGGAAUACAAUGAGCCCACCGUGCACUUCGCCGAGGACACGCUGAUCCGCAGCGAGGAUGAGGAUGAGGACGAAGAGCGGCCGUUCCCAGUGGAGAAGCAGAGGCUCAUCCGCAAGGACACGCCCCAUUAUAAGAAACACUUCAAGAUCACGAAGCUGCCCAAGCCAGAGGCAGUGGUGGCACUUCUGCAGGGGCUGAACAGCGACGGGGUCCCCAAAGAGGAAGAGGAGUUGGGAGGCUGCAAUAAUGACACGGAGCCCAGGGAUCAGGAGGAAGCGUGGGAUGAGGAUGACAGAAAGAACGGAGCUCUGUCUGCUCAGCCAUCCGUGAAGGGGGUGUCGUUUGAUCAAGCCAAUAAUCUGCUGAUUGAACCUGCUCGCAUUGAGGAGGAAGAGCUGACCCUGACCAUCGUGCGGCAGACGGGGGGGCUGGGCAUCAGCAUCGCGGGGGGCAAGGGCUCCACACCCUACAAGGGGGACGACGAGGGCAUCUUCAUUUCCCGCGUGUCCGAGGAGGGUCCUGCAGCUCGGGCAGGGGUCCGUGUUGGUGACAAGCUCCUGGAGGUGAACGGCGUGUCCCUGCACUGUGCCGAGCACCACGUGGCCGUGGAGGCGCUGCGGGGCUCGGGCAGCUCGGUGUCCAUGACGGUGCUGCGGGAGCGGAUGGUGGAGCCCGAGAACGCCAUCACCGUCACCCCGCUGCGGCCCGAGGACGACUACAGCCCCCGGGAGCGGCGCGGGGGGCUGCGCUUCCCCGAGGGCCCCGAGGCAGCCCCGGCCACCGAGCGCUUCUCCACCUGCCUCAUGCGCAACGAGAAGGGGCUGGGCUUCAGCAUCGCCGGGGGCAAGGGCUCCACUCCCUACCGGGCUGGGGACACGGGCAUCUUCAUCUCGCGGAUUGCAGAGGGUGGGGCAGCCCACCGGGACGGGAUCCUGCGCGUGGGAGACAGAGUCAUCUCGAUCAAUGGGGUAGACAUGACAGAAGCCAGGCAUGAUCAGGCCGUAGCGCUGCUUACCGCGGCCUCCCCCACCAUCGUGCUGCUGGUGGAGAGAGAGGGCAGGGCAGAGGAGCAGCCCGGCGAGGGAGGCUCGCCCCGCGCCCGCAUGCACUCCCCGCCGCCGGGCCCCGGGGCCAGCCCGCCCGAGGAGACACCGGCAGCGCCCCGGAACCACCUGUCCCCAGGGCUGGAGGAUCAGUACCCUGUCGAGGAAAUCCACCUGGUGAAAGCAGGGGGUCCCCUGGGCCUCAGCAUCGUCGGGGGCAGUGACCACUCCAGCCAUCCCUUUGGCAUUCAUGAGCCAGGUGUCUUCAUCUCCAAGGUGAUCCCGCGGGGGCUGGCGUCGCGCAGCGGGCUCCGCGUCGGGGACAGGAUCCUGGAGGUGAACGGCACCGACCUGCGCCACGCCACGCACCAGGAGGCCGUCAGCGCCCUGCUCUGCAACGCCCAGGAGCUCAGCAUGCUGGUCCGCAGAGACCCCCCUCCUCCUGGCAUGCAGGAAAUAUGCAUUGAAAAGGCUCCGGGGGAGAAGCUGGGCAUCAGCAUCCGGGGUGGAGCCAAGGGCCACGCUGGCAAUCCGUUUGAUCCCACUGAUGAAGGCAUCUUCAUCUCCAAGGUGAGCUCCUCGGGGGCCGCUGCCCGGGACGGCCGCCUGCAGGUGGGGAUGAGGAUCCUGGAGGUGAACCACCAGAGCCUGCUGGGCAUGACGCACACCGAGGCCGUGCAGGUGCUGCGCGCCGUGGGCGACGCGCUGCUCGUGCUGGUCUGCGACGGCUUCGACCCCAGGGCUGCAGCUGCCAUCGAGAUGUCCCCAGGGAUCAUUGCCAACCCUUUCGCUGCUGGCAUCGGGCGCAAGAACAGCCUGGAGAGCAUCUCCUCCAUCGACCGGGACCUGAGCCCCGAGGAGCUGGAGAUCCUGCAGAAGGAGAUGGAAAUGGUGAGAGAAGCCACUCAGUGGGAGAGAGAAGAAAUGGAGAAAGUGGAGCGGAUGCGUAGGGAGCGGGAGGCAGCCACGCAGCAGCUUGAGGAGGAAGCAGAGAACGUCCCCAGUGAGCCCCUGCGCCUGGACUACCGGACCCUGGCAGCGCUGCCCAGCAGUGGCCUGCAGAGAGGCAACCGUGCUGCUCCUGUGGGCGAGUCUGGCACAGGAAAUUCCAGGCGUGAAUCCCCCUAUUCUCCCAGUAAUCCUCAGGUGCCCACAGCCCCCCGGGCCCCUCACCUGGCCGGCAGGGAGACGCGCUUUGCUUCCAUUAACUUCAUUACAUCGCAGGAUGACAGUAAAUCAACCAAGCCUGGCGUCAUUCAGCCUCUCUCCCGCGUGCGACCGAGCGCUGCUGUGGCACUCAGGGCCGAGGAGGGGGACAGCCCCAACCCCUUCCAGCAGCCCCAGCCCUGCUUCAGGACCCACAGCUCCCCAAAGCUGUCGCCGCCGUCGCCACCCUCCCCUGACGAGGUGCCCAUCAACGUCAAGCAGGCCUACAAGACCUUUGCAGCAGUGCCCCUGUCCCAGCCCCUGCUGGGGACACAGGAAUUGUCUGGUCAGAGCAGCACAGAAAACACCAAACUGGCCUUGGAGGUGGCCGCACACAGCCCCGGGGGACAGCACAGCCCUGAGCAGAGGUCCUUCCGUGAGAGGCAGAAGUAUUUUGAGAUCGAGGUGAAGCAGCAGCACCUGGACAAGCCUCCCAAGCGCGUGUCCUUGGUGGGGGAGGACGACCUGAAGAAAAUGAAAGAGGAGGAGGCCCGCAAGCUGCAGCAGCAGCGAGCCCUUCUGCUGGAGGAGGAGGCUGAGGAGGAGGAGGAGGGGAGGCAGGUGCCCGAGGCCGUGCAGUCCAGCGUCAUCAUCGAGGGCGUGGAGUACAAGGUGGAGAGGCUGAAUGGAAGGAGCAGCCAGGCUCCAGCAGCUCGGCCCUUGGAGCUCAGUGAGAGCAACAGCUCCCAGAGGAAUUCCCUGGAGGAGGGGAUCAAGCCUGAGCACAGAACCAACUCCAUGUCAGGGCUGAGCCCCGCGGACCCCGGCGCUCCCGUGCGCACGGCCAAGGCGGAGCGGCGGCACCAGGAGCGCCUGCGGAUGCAGAGCCCCGAGCUGCUGGCCCAGCAGGACAAGGAGCUGUCCCCCGCCGAACGCCGGGCCCUGGAGGCGGAGAAACGGGCCAUGUGGAGGGCAGCACGGAUGAAAUCCCUGGAGCAGGAUGCCCUCAAGGCCCAGAUGGUCAUUGCCAAGUCCAAGGAGGGGAAGAAGCGCAGCACUCUGGAGCAGCUGGCAGAGUCGCCCUCGCCCGCGCCCACGCCGUCACCGACGCCGCUGGAAGACUGCAGCCCCAGGAACGUCACCUCCCCAGGAAGGCUGUCAAUGUCUGAAAAGAAGUUUGACUACCGGGAAUUUGCUGCUAUUCCUUCCUCCAAACCUGUUUACGAAAUCCAGUCCCCUGAUGCAGCUGAUGACCUCAGAUACGUGGAUGACCGGAGUAACUCAGUUCCCCGGGAGCAGGAUGGGCAGCCGGAGGAGGAGGAGGAGGCACUGGGAGCAGGGGAUCCCUCAGCAGCAGCUCCCUCAGCCCUGGAGGACAUGGCCCUGUACAGCAGCAAGCGGAAGCUCCGGCACAGCCGGCGCAGCCUGGAGACCGCUGUCCCCACAUAGGUGACCCUGGGCAGUGGACUGGCCUGGCACAGCCUGGCAAUGGACUGGCCUGGCACAGCCCUUUGGGAGCUCCAGGGACAGCAGCAGGCUGCCCCCCUGCCUACAGACUCUGGAUGGGACUGAGCUCCCCGCGAGCUCUGUGGCCAACCGACUCCUCUGGGGCUGUGAAGCGCCCUCGUCUCUCACCCAACAGUGCACUGGGGCACAUCCCAAAACUGGGACAACACUGGACUGACUGCUGGCAGAUGGAGAGGAAGGGUGGCCAGGACAGUGGGCAGCUUUUUAGCCUGUAAAUAUUGUGUGGGGAAGAGUAGGACAGGGAGAAUGUAGGAGUGUGAGAGUGUGUUGGGCUCCAGCUGUUACUGCCUCAGCUUGGGUUUUGUAGUGGUUAAAAAGAGCUUCUCCUCUGGUGGGAAUCAGGAGGAAGGUCCAGCCUGCCUUUACUCCUAUUCCAGUCUUUUGCCAAAAAGCAUCUCCUCCCAGCUCCUGCACUGUGUCACCUCACUUCCCUUUGGGAGUGUUUGGGAAUGGGAAGCUUGGAGGCAAAAAGAAGGAAAAAAAAAGAGAAAAACCCACCAGAAUUCCAGCAAAGUGCCUCCCUCUGCCACUGGCACUCUGUGCUCAAGGAAAACCGAGCCAGCUCUCUGCCACCUGCCUCUGUCCUGGUGGGACACUGCUCUUGCUGGGGCUUUGUGCUGGGCUGGAACAGCUCCCUCCCUAGGUGGGCACGUCCCCCUUUGCCACCACGGCGGGAGCCACUCCAGAGCACACGAGUGGAGGAGUCUCUCCUGUGGCACUGGGGCUGAACUGGUCAGCUGGGGCAGGAAUGGGACAGGGCUGACAGCCAGAGCAGGGGUGUAGGGGUGUGUGGCAGCAGUGGGGGCAGGACAGGGGGCAGAGGUGGGAGGUGUGACAGCAGGUACCUUAGUGGAUAGAGUUCAGGAACUGGGGAUGGGUAGAAUGUGGAGUUGCUGGGGUCAGGUUGGGAGUUACAGGAUCCUACACAUGGAGAUGCUGGUGGGGAGUCCACAGUGCCCACGCUGGCUGUCGGGUGGGGUGGGAUGUCACGGGUGCCUGGUGUGGUGUGGGCUGGCAGGGAGCACCAGGAGCAGGAUGGGGCUGGCCUGUGCCUUGCAAUAACCACACAGUUCCACUUUGCCAGCUCAUUGGCUUCAGGCCCCUUCCCAUGGAGGACAGGGAAAAUGCACGUUUGCCCACACAAGAGGGAAAAAGGAAAAUGAGAAAUGAGUGGGGGUGUGAGCCUUGGUUUCCACACGUGGAACAAGGGCUGUGAGCAGGUUCUGAAUCAUGUGAGCUCUGCAGAUGUGGAGGUCACAGCUGCUGCUCCCAACUCUGCCAUCAGCCUCUGCUGCCACUAGUGAGGGGAAACAACCCUUUUCUUUUUAUCACUGCCUCUCACCGUGAGGAAGGUCCGAGCUCGGCACAAUCCCGGUCCCUGUCCAUUGGUGCUCUCCGACUCCCCAGUAAGACCAGGGUUGGACCUUGAGCCUCACAGUGGCUGGGCACUGACAGGCACAUCUGCUUGUACAUUUGCUGAAGGAAAGAGCUGGAUGCAGUUUUUUGGGUGCAGUUUUUUAGUUGAGCCUCUCCUUUCAUGCCAAAAUCCAGCGGAUCAUUUUAACUGACUCUGUACGUUUUGAUUUUACAGACUUGUGAAGGGGAACUCUGAUAAUCUCACGCUGCAGCUGCAGCUGCCUCCAUCAUCAGCAGUUUGAGCUUUUCCUUUUUAAAUCUAAUUUUAGCAUUUGCUUUUUAACAAGAGCAGUUUUGGAAACAAUCCUGGCUGGGUUUUGGUGACUAACUUGUGAUUCUUCUCUCCUUUCCCUGUGCGGUACCUGGUGCCAGGCUCUGGAUUCUUCCCGUUCUCUCCCAAGAGACUCCGAGGGAAAAUUAGCGCAUCAAGACUGUAACUAGUGAAAUUUGUACAACCAAAGAAAUCUAUUUUGUGGUUCAAGGAUAAUAAAGUUUACUUUACAUUUUA